AUGCUGCCGUUGAUCCAGUGUGCUGAGGUUCCUACCAAGCGACAAGCUCUGCGGGUUGUCAUGAGCAUAUUUGACCCUUUAGGGCUGGUAGCGGUGUUCGUGAUACAUGGAAAAAUUUUGAUUCAAAAUAUCUGGCGUUCGAAGAUCGACUGGGAUGAGCGAAUAUCUGGCGAACUCUUUAGUCACUGGGAGCGAUGGACAAAUCUGUUGCGGCAACUGGAGCAGAUUCAAAUACCUCGCUGCUACUUUCCUGGCAGUUCAGUGGAAGCAUACCAUACAAUUCAAUUACACACCUUUGUGGAUGCUAGUGAGGAGGCCUUCGCAGCGGUAGCAUAUCUUAGAAUCGUCGAGAAUGAAACGGUUCGUUGCGCUCUUGUAUCAGCAAAGACAAAAGUCGCUCCACUAAAACCCAUGUCCAUUCCCAGACUUGAGCUAAGUGCAGCAGUUCUCGGGGCGAAACUGGCCAAGGCAGUUGCGGAGAAUCACACUCUAACCAUAAAUCGCCGUGUUUUUUGGAGCGAUUCCCGUACGGUGCUUUCCUGGCUGCGGUCAGACCAAAGAAAAUAUCGACAAUUUGUUGCCUUUAAGGUGACAGAAAUUCUUGAGCUUUCUGAUGUCAAUGAGUGGCGGUGGGUUUCUUCUCGCUUAAACGUCGCAGAUGAAGCAACAAAGUGGGGAAAGGGACCAUGCAUCAACAACGACAGUCGCUGGUUCCAUGCGCCAAGUUUUCUGUAUCAGCCGGCUAGCCUUUGGCCACAACAAGAUCAACGUGAUAGUGAGACAGUAGAAGAGCUUCGCCCAGUUCACAUUCAUAGGCAAAUUGCUGUGGACCAGUUAAUUUCGUUUGGUCGGUUUUCUAAAUGGGAGCGCAUGGUGAGAACUAUAGCCUACGUAUUUCGAUUCGUCAGGAAGCUUCAACGCAGAGUCAAGAACCAGAGUGUGGAUAGCCAGGAAUGGUUUAGUCAAGAGGAGAUUAAAACGGCAGAGUCAAUGGCUUUCAAGCAAAUCCAGCAAGAAGCGUAUGCAGAUGAAAUCGUCAUAUUCACCAAGAACCAGCAGCUCAAAGUGGAGCAACGACUAAAACUGGAGAAAACCAGCCAGCUUCGCAAAUUAUCUCCGUUUCUGGAUAAGCAAGGAGUUCUUCGGAUGGACAGCAGGGCGUCUGUUAUCACGCAAGUAGCGACGGACUUCAAGGCUCCAGUGAUUCUUCCGAAAACCCAUUACGGAACUCAGCUGUUAGUAAACUGGUACCACCGUAAAUACAAUCAUCGUGUUGCGGAGACUGCUGUGAAUGAAAUGCGCCAGAGAUUCUAUGUUUCGGAGAUGAGAGCGGUUUUUCGAAAGGUUGGCAAACUCUGUCAAUGGUGCAAGGUGUAUAAGGCAGUUCCUGCGGCUCCCAGAAUGGCACCACUACCUGAGGAGAGGAUGACAGCAUUCAUUCGCCCGUUUUCUUUCGUUGGGGUCGACUACUUCGGACCAAUGAUAAUCAAACAAGGGCGCAAUAACGUGAAACGAUGGGUAGCAAUAUUUACUUGCUUGACCGUUCGCGCCGUACAUCUUGAGCUGGCCUACAGCUUAUCUACCGAAUCUUGCAAACAGGCGAUUCGGAGGUUUAUUGCGCGGAGGGGGGCUCCAGCUAAAAUAUUUAGUGACCAGGGUACAAACUUCAUCGGGGCAAGUAAUGAGCUGAAAAGGGAGCUACAGCAGAUUUAUCCCAAUCUAGCGUCAACGUUUACUAAUGCAAAUACGCAAUGGCAUUUCAACCCACCGUCUUCGCCACAUAUGGGGGGAUGUUGGGAACGCAUGGUUCGGUCGGUAAAGAGCGCUUUAGCUUCGUUAUCCACGGUACGAAAGCCAGAUGAUGAAACGUUUUGGACACUGCUGAUCGAGGCGGAAUCGAUCGUAAACUCUAGGCCGCUUACUUACCUGCCAAUAGAAUCCGAGACACAUGAAGCGUUGACACCGAACUGCUUCCUGAUGCUUAGUACCAGCGGGGUAAACCAACCAGCUAGGCCACUGAUUGACGGAAAAUGGGGACCUUGUUCUAACUGGAAGGUUUGUCAGCAACUUUUGGAUCAGUUCUGGAGUCGUUGGGUAAAAGAGUACCUUCCCACGAUUACCAAACGUACAAAAUGGUUUCAAGAUUGCAAACCAGUACAGGUAGAUGAUCUCGUCGUAGUGGUAGAAGAGAACCAGCGCAACGGGUGGCUACGGGGACGAGUUAUUCGUGUGUUCCCAGGUCGUGACGGUCGUGUACGCAGUGCAGAGGUGCAAACAGCAACUGGGAUAGUACAUCGCCCAGUGAUCAAGUUAGCGGUUCUGGAAGUAGCAGGUACAGCUGGAGUGAACACGCAGCAAUACGGGUCAGGGGAUAUUCCGAACGGCAUCGAGCAGAAGUUGUCAGCGGGACCGAAAGGGUUGAAUACGCUACAGGUGACCGAGCACUAG